UUUAGUUCUAGUUUUAAUUUAUAAAAAUUCAUUCUCGUUUGCACUGGCUAGUUAGUCAAAGUUGAAAUUCUCGUUCUCAGCCCAAACAAAUCCUCAUCAAAAUGUUUGGGAUCAGGCGAUCUCUUAUGGCCCAAAUGCAUCUACAUUACGAUUUCCUGGCUGCCAUCAGCAUCGUCAUCACGAUAGUGGUGGCUAUCGUGGACUACGGCCACAGUAUGUAUGGCUGUGACUUGAUCUGGUGGCUAGAGCAGCUAGAGAAGUUUGGGGACAAACCGUUGGUGGCCAUUCUCAUAGUGGGUUCCGUGAAGAUGAUGCUCAUACUGCUGUUGACGCUGCUCAGUUACCUGAAAGUCAAAACGGAUGUGGAUCCCCCCAUCUCGGAGAUCAAGCGCCGCUUCGCUCGCUUCGUUCUGAUGCGUCUGCUGGCUGCACACGAUAAAUUCCUGCUUGAUUGCCAGAGUGAUCUAUUGGAUCGUCAUGCGGCUUUUGUGGCAGCAGUAGAACAGUUUCGCUCGGAUGCGCGUAGCAUCUGUGAGCGCACCAUGCCGGAGCAACAGCUACUGCCCCUGGAGGAACGCGAGGAGGCGGAGCUGUUAAGGCGCGGCUACAGAUGUCUUCCGCACCUCCGCGAGGCGGACAUGUACAAAAUGGUGCUGGCCUUGUCUUUGCCUUAGCGAAGAACAGAGGGUUGAAGAGCGGCAGUAGCACAAAAUUCACGCAACUUUUUUAAUUAGAAUUGGCCAAACAAUUUUUUGUAAUACCCUGUAAGCCGCAGCCCCCAAAAGAAAGUGUUGAAUGUUUCCCAGGUGCUGUUGAAUAAAUGAAACACGAAUACAUAAGGACUUUAUGGUCCUUAAAACCGA